AUGCGUGUGGGCAUUGUGUUGCAACACUGUGAUGCCCUGGAUUUUGAAGAGUUGCAACAUGUCGUCGAGGGCAUUUUGUCCCUGGAACGAAUUGACCGUGCGUUCCAGGAAAACCGGGCUACUGAUUUAGACUUGCUGUUGCUUUCGGAUAUCAAGAGCAGCUUCCACCUGGACAACUUAUUGGGUAAACUGUAUACCACGCUACGGGAGAUUUUGUUCAAACGAGGUUUACCCUUGUUCCCAAUUAACGUGCUUCUGGGCAACUUCAACCGGGAAGAAACAAGUUGGGAUGAAUUGUUUGUCACGGACAGAAAGGUCGUUGAUGUAUACCGUAUCCAACACACAAACUUGAACAUCUUGCCCAAGAUCAAGAAUCACGACAAAGUGUCACCUGUUGCAAACGACCCGGAUCCGCACACGUCCAGUUUAGCGGAUCGGAAUAAGUACGAUGUCACCGCUUUGGGGGGUACGUUUGAUCACAUUCACGAUGGCCACAAGAUCCUACUCACCGUUGCUGCAUUUAUUACGUCCUCCAGAUUGAUAAUUGGGCUUACAGGCAAGGAAUUGCUGGGCACGAAGAAGUUCCCUGAACUUUUGGAGGACUACGAAACCCGGAAAGGUAACGUUUGUAAGUUUCUCAAGCUACUGAAGCCGCAAUUACGCGUGGAGAUGGUGCUCCUAAAGGAUGUGUGUGGGCCCACGGGGACGGUCCCCGAAAUCAAAGCUCUCGUCGUUAGCAGAGAGACGCUGAAGGGCGGAGACUAUGUCAACAAGACAAGACGCGAGAAGGGAAUGCACGAGCUGGACAUUUCCGUCGUUAACGUGAUUGGUGGUGAGGAGGAGGACGGUUGGACCGAGAAACUGAGCAGUACGGAUGUGAGAAGAAUGCUCAGCGAGGAACACACGCACACUUAA